AUGAUAGCUGGUGACAGCCUGGCAAUAUUGCGAGCAGAACUGAAGAAUCAAAAGAAACAUGUAAAGAGUCUGAAAAAGAAAUCCCUCUGGUCCAGGAUUUUGGAAGAGGUAAUGGAGAAGCUUGUAGAUAUCGUCCAUUUUCUAAAUUUGGAGAUCCAUACGGCAUUUGGUAGCUCUGGAAUAAGUAAGAGUCAGGAAUUCGAUACUUCAAAAAUGAGGUUGUGCAAGCACCACAGGCUGAGUAAAAGUAGUAGUCAUUCCCCAGCAAGUGAAACCAAGAAAGAUCCUUUUCCUAUUAGAAGGCCAUCUUCUGUUCCCAUCAUUGACUUCGACAUUAACUGGAUCAAAGCGCUGGACGUCAUGGAUCGAGUGGAUACAAUUUAA